GUGCCCCCCGUGCCCAUCCCGUUCCGUUGGUCCACCGCGUAUCGACGUGUGGAUGUGGACGUGUGCCCUGGCCCAAGCCGCUGGCCUGCUACCUUCCCUCAAGCAACGAAAAGGCCUAAACUUCGAGUGAAACAAUUUAUUUAGAGAAACAAUGGCUGUCCGCCGCUCAUAUAGUGACAGAGACUCUUUGGAUAAUCACAAAUCGCGGCAGGAUGAGCCGCCCAACUCGCGUUUAUUUAUCGUCCAUCAUAAAAGCAUCACUGAGGACGACUUCAGGAAAGCGUUCGAUAAAUAUGGUAACAUAGAAGAGAUAUGGAUGUUGAAGGAUCGAGCAACGGGAGACUUGAAAGGCAUCACAUACAUUAAGUUUUCAAAAUGCUCAGAAGCGGCUUUGGCAUAUGAGGAAAUGAAUGGCCAAGCUAUAGAGGGCAACCCUCGACCACUUAAAGUUAUGAUUGCUCACAGCCGAGAGCAAGGUUCAAAACGUGAAAUGAAUGAAGAUGAGCGCUUGACUCGUCUUUUUAUUAUUGUCCCAAAAUCUACAACUGAUCAAGAACUGCGUGAUCAUUUUAAACAGUUUGGAGAUCUUGACUAUGUGUCUGUAGUCAAAGAUAGAGAAACAAGGGAAAGCAAAGGUUUUGCCUAUGUCAAAUACCACAGAAUGUCACAUGCAGCCAAGGCUUUUGAAGAUUGUGAUAGGUCUUACAAAGCAGUCUUUGCUCAACCUAAAAAACCUCGUGAAUUUACAGAUUCAUUUCCUAACAAUCGUGAUGGUGCUAAUUCUAGACAUGAGGGCACUAGAAACAGUAACGGGUUGUUUGAAAACCCAAGUUACUCAUCAUAUGCUUUGGAAGUUGGACAAGGUUUCCCUGAAACAGGUUGCCGAGGUCUCCAAGUUAUUGCUCCAGCAGUCCUCACUCAGGAUCAGUUAUGGAGGCUCUUUGACUUAGUGCCAGGUCUUGACUAUUGUCACUUGAAAUCUGAUCCAAGGUCACGUAUGUCACGGGGUACAGCUACAGUUGUAUACCAGAAAGCAUCACAAGCAGCUUAUGCAAAGGAAAAACUUCACGGGUUUGAGUAUCCACCUGGUCAGAGGCUAAUAGUUAAAGAAGACCCAUCAGUUCGAUCAGGGGACCCACACAAUAGCCCAUCUAGAACAUUGGCUGCUCGUGCAGCAACAGCUGUUGCACCUGCUGUUGAUAUUCAAAACAACUUGGCCACUCUUGUUGAUACUUUAGCCCAAGCAACAUCAAUGAUUCAGGCUGCUGGCUUAGCAGUACCUGCACUGGCACCAGCUAGAGGUGUUGCCUUGGCAGCAACAGGAGCCUUGAGUCCAACAAUACGUGCAGCAAAUGAUCCCACGUACUGCUCAGCAAAAUUACCUCCUGUCCAGCCUCUUGCUCAUAUUGAAUCUGAAGUCAAAGAGAGAUUAUUUAUUGUGUGCUAUCCAAAAGCCCCUCCCCUGCAUGCAUUGAGGGAUGUAUUUGCCCGCUUUGGGAGUCUCAUUGACAUUUAUAUUUUGAAUGGAAAAAACUGUGGCUAUGCACAGUAUGCAGAAAAAGAAUCAGCAGAAGAGGCCAUUAAGACGUUGCAUGGAGAGGAAAUAUUGAGUAUGCGCCUGAAAGUCAUGGUAGCUGAACCAUACACAGGAGAGGAUCGCCGCAAAAGGAUCAAAAUGGAUGUUGACAAUUGAGGUAAGUGCCCACAUUAUUUUUCAAGCGUCAUACGUAGAGAAAACUGGCAGAGAUACAGAAGCACUAAGCAUUCUUUUAAGUUGAAAAGUCUGCCCUGUUAACCUAGCUUCAAUGGCCUCUUUAACUAUAGAUAUCUGAUCUGAUCUGAUGGUGGAUGGAUUCCCUUGUGAUCUUUCUGUUUACUGCCAACAUAAGUUCCUCAUCUUCUGUGAUAUUGACAUAGUCCAAAUAUUUAUUAGUUCAACAAUUGCUCAAGUAAGCUUAACUGGAAAAUAACUUGAAAAAAAAAAAGAAGCAAAUUUGAUAGUACAGUAUUUACUUAAUUCUAAUUCUCUUGUGAAAGUAUAUUUUGCCUACUAUUAGAAAAAGGUUAUUCAUGUUUUUAAUUAAUCUCUAAUGACUGCGAGGCAAUGCUUAACUAAAAUUGCAGUGAAUAAAUCUUCAACGAACCUAAGUUGUUGCCCGCACAUUCUUAAUGGGCUGUGUUGUCAACAGGUUAUGUGCGUUUUUUUGUGUUAUGUUUUUUGUUUGUUUUUGUAAUUUAUCAUAUUGCUAAACAGGAGCAAGCAACGGCUUUGAUUACGGUAAUUACUUUUGCUUUUCGCUUUCAUGCUGUUGAGACCAGCUCCAUCCGUUUUUGCUGUAUUCUUUUUAAUUUUGUUCUCAGUGGUGCUUCUAUAGUCCUUUUAUGUGUGAUGCAUGUUUCCUUCCCAUUGCACAUCAUCAAACCAGAGGCAGUUCAGUUUCCCCAAGGAGCAUCUAUGUUCUGCCUUUGCUUCUUAUAUUAUUUGCUCAACCAUUUGUGCUGGAAUCAUCUCAUAAUAUUAAUAACUCUAGUAUGUGUAUGCGUCUUUGCUAAAAAAAUAUUGGUUGUCAGUCAUGUCCUGUUUAUGAUCACUUUACAAGGAAUACAGGAAAUUUCUAAUUGUUCCCAGGAUUAACGCAGAGUCUCUAAUAUUUUGAUCCCAUUGCUUUACUUUGCAUGACUUGACUGUUACAAUUCGUUUUACUAACAUGAAAUCUAUUGUGAAGGGUGGACAAGACCAAUGACUAGGCAUGGAACUAUUCCUUAGCUUUCACAAUACUUGACAUGUAUAUUCCCUGUCUUGUCUUCAUUAUCCCUUCUCUUAUGUUCUUAACCUGUCCUCACUCUUUUCCUGAGCCUUAGUGCGUGAACCUUUUUUAUAAAUCAAAAGAUUGACAGAUGUUGCCUGACCACUCUCACUCAUACUCUGACAUAAUUUGUGGAGGCCUGCUCAACUAUACUUUCUGAAGAUGUUGUAUGUUUACAUCUAUCUGUCAAUUACAUGCUCCCUUAAAAAAACAUCUAUAUAAAUCAUUUUUUUUCUAACAAUAAUUUGGUGGAGGGUUUCAAACUUCAAUGUUCAUAACUUAGAACAAAUUAACAUUGCUUAUUGCAGUAAUUUUGCUUAGUUGACAUCUUGAUAUUUUGUCUUGCCUUGAUCCAAAAAGUUCACUUCAAUGGAACUGGUUCCUUUCCAUAGAUUUUUAUUUUAUUUUCCCCAGUCAAGUAUUAUAUAUCUAUCUGUCUCUCUAAAAAUAUAGUCUGUUUAAUUAUAAAUGAUUUGUUUCAUGGAAAUUGUUGAACCUUUAAAGCAUUGAUAAUGGUUAUUUUCCUACAAAAUUUGUGAAAAUUGCUCUUUUUCUCUUGCUCUUCUGAAAGUAAUAAUCAUUGCUGACAGUACAUAUAUCCACUGGUAUCUUUCUUCUCACAAGUGCUGUUUAAUUUCAGCUAAGUGAGAAAUUUCAGUGCUGUACAGCAAUAUACACUGUUUUUGUAUGUUUGUUUGUACAGAGAACAAUAAGACAAGCUGACUGGACUCGACUUUCAAGGUCCACCCGGACUGUGCGCUGUGCGCGGGACUGCCACUGACGUCACGUGACAUAGUGGGACACAGUGGCUUCAACGACAUAUAUGACUGUGCCUCCAUCCUUGCCACCCAUUCCGCCUUUUUACAAAUUAUUGUAAGAAAACUUACCUCUUACAUUGUUCCUUUGACAUAAUUUGGGAUUUAUGUCAUUCACUUAGCUACAAAUUAUAUACACAUCAAACUUCUAACAAGAAAGGACAUUAUCAUGACAUAUAUUGAGAAGUACACACUUGUUAGGUUUUUAACCAUGCUGCUAAACAUUCAAGACUGGUUGUGCAAUUCUUCAUUGGUUCAUUUGUAAUGUUGUUAGUGUGAUGUGAUGUGUACCCAUGGGAUCAAUGAUAUUUUUGAAGGGUUUCAUUGUUCUAAAAGUAGAAUUAGCUCAAUGGAUAGUUGUGCCUUCUCCUUCCUCUUAGAUAGUAUUGUUGCUGGGAUGUUAGGUUGAAAUCUAGCUUGUCUUAAAAAUGGCAGGUGACAUUUAAAGUUUCUUCUGCAUUUGUCAAGUAUUGAUCCUAUCUAUGUAGGUUUGUUAAUGGCAGGUACUUAUGUACCAUAAUUUAAGUUGUUCCUUAUUGCAUAACUUCUUCCUGUAUAUUUCAUAUGACUGUAAGAUUUGGGGUUUUGAGAAGGGUUUUCAAAAAUUACUUUUUUAUUGAGUAUUUGAAGCUUGGCAUACCAAUCCCUGCUCAGUGACUAUAGGAGUUUUGCCCUACAAUUGUGGGUUUACUACUGAUGCAUUCUUUUAACCUCUUUUUUUUACCCCUACCCCUCUUGGUUAGACGGAAAGUAUGGCUUCAUGUGGUCAUAAAUCACUGAAGUUCAGAUCUAUUAGAAUCUUUUGUGAAAGGUUAAAUCUUCUAGCACCUACGUCUAUUUACAAUUAUGGAAGCAUUUUGAAUAAGUAGGGUGCAUAAUGAGUUUUGAAGUUCUUCUUUUGAGUGGUAGUGUGGGUUGGGGUUUGUACUCUGUCAACAAGUGAAGAAACCCUUUGAAAUUAGGUAAACAAAAUUUCCUUAAGUAAACUUAUGAAUUCCAAUGAUAUAUAUAUAUAUUAUGUUAUAGAGGCAAAAUUAUGGAAAAAAGGGAAAAAAAGGGCAAGUUUUCAAUUGUCGGUAUGAUUUUAAGUAUGUUUUUCUUUAUUUUCCGUUUUUUGAAGCUAUAUUUUUGACGCCAAGUUUUUUUCCAGCAGCUUUUUUGCUGCUUUGAUUGAAACUUAAAAUAUCUUGGGAACGUUUUAUGUUCCUGAUCUUUAGACGUCGUGUAAUUUACCUUUCUCAUGUGGGGAUCUUAAAAAAAUGUGUGCAGCACACAACAAAGUAUUAGACAAACCUUUUAAAGAUAGAUAUUCAAAUCUUUUUUAACUUCUGUGUUUCACCAACAUUUAAUUAUAUUUACCUGGGCAUAAUAUGUUAUGAGAGCCUGUCACAUUUUUAUAUAAACAUAAUUAGAAAAAGUUCUCAAUUUUAUGGUUCUUGAUCCAAUAUUUUUGAAAAUGUAUGUUAGAUAGUCUAUUUUUGUGCACAGGCUCACUUAAUCCAAAUAUUUUUCUCCCAAAAGAAGCCAUUGACUUUCAGUGCAAGAGCUGGUGCAAGAGUGGCGCAUAAGUGGAGCAGUGUAAAAAUACAUUGGGGUAUGAUGAUAGACAUACAUAAAAACAUGUACGCCUUUGUCAACCUUCAUUAUUAUCAAGAAAAGUGUUUCCACUUGAGAAUUAUAGAAAAUUGUUGUCUGUUUCAUAGCUCUACUAUUAAGUUGUAUUUUCUUUACUAAAGGUCUGUGAUCUAAAAAAAAAAAAAAAAAAAAAAAGUGGCAUGAAAGCUGACUUAACUUAAUUCCUUCUUCACCAAAUUUUAUGAUUUUCUUUCUUUGGAAGCGUUCCUCAUUUUCCCUUAUUUUAUUUUCCUUUUCCCCCCUUAACGAAAUCAUGUUGUCAUCAGCAAUACACAGAUGUUGUGUUGAGAUUAGAUUGUGAAUACAGCCAAUUAACUUUGUAUUAGUGUAAGGUAUUAUAAAAUAUUUAUAAAUAUAGGCUAUAGAACUAAUGACGCUUUAGCUAUAGGCUUUAAUCUAUUUGAUGUGCUUGUUUGUGAAUGGUGGAUGCUUUGAAUGUUUAAGAAAGAGUCCUUUGGUCUCUAGUGUUGAAAUAUACAUGACAAGGAAAACAUUCAAA